AUGGCGUCCUCUUCCACAGCCGACGACCAUAGCGCCGUUGCCGGCAUAGUGGCAUCCUCGGCUUCGGUCUGCGGCAGCCGAGACGCCGCUGCCUCGCCACCGACGGCGCUGCCCAAACUGGGCAGCGCAAAGCAGCAAAGGACGGAGAGGGCGUUCUUGUUCGAUCGGUACCCAAGCCGAAAGAUCGCGCUGCGGUUGGCAUAUCACGGUCACGUGCACGACGGCCUCGCAAAACAGAAGGAGACGGACAACACAGUGGAGGGACUCGUGUGCGAUGCGUUGCGACGGCUUCGUCUCAUCCCGGAGGACGGGCCGCACAACUUUGGGCGGUGCGGUCGCACGGAUAAGGGCGUCAGUGCCCUCGGCAACGCCUUCUCCCUUACCGCUCGUGCGUCGUGCACUGGAGACGCGGAGCCUCAGCUGCCGCCACUGGACUACUGCAGCAUGCUCAACAACGUCCUGCCCUCAACAAUUCGCAUCGUUGGCUGUGCGUUGGUCGAUGACGCCUUCGACGCACGCUUCUCCUGCGUCCAUCGCACCUACCGCUACUACUUUUUCCACCGCGGGCUGAACCUGGCAGCAAUGCAGGAAGCUGCCGCCUUCUUCCUCGGGACGCACAACUUCCGCAACUUCUGCAAGAUGGACGUUGUGAAUGUGAGCAACUUUGUGCGCACGGUGUUCUCGGUCGGCCUGCACCCGAGUGAGGCGCUGCCAGAGCUUAUUUCGUACCUUGAGAUCAGAGCGAACUCGUUCUUGUACCACCAGAUUCGCUGCAUUAUGGAGGUGCUGUUUCUCGUGGGCCGCGGGCUGGAGGUCCCUAGCGUGGUCCAGACGCUGCUAGAGCUAGGUGACCGCAAACCAACGUACCCCCUGGCAGACGGUACCCCACUGAUAUUGUGGGACUGCGGAUUCGACAAUGUUCAGUGGCAGAUGUCCCACUGCGCGUUUCAUGCGAUGGAGCAGGAGCUGCAGGACAUCGGCACCGCGCUUCUUAUACGCGCCACAUCUGCCACCGCUAUGCGGUCCCAGUUAUUCCGCUGGUACACCGGUACCGCAGACGUGUUUCGCAAGGACACGUCGGAGAAAGACGCAUCGGGCGAGGACCGCUCGCGUGCUGUUGUUCGGCGCGAUCCCGAGCUGCGGCGUUUGGAUGGGUGGUCCAUCACGGGGUGCGACUGGACAGACCCGGGCACCGCCGGCCAGAUGAAGGCGCGCAAGCGCGACCUGCUUUACUACCUUCGUACAGAAGCCAAGAAUGGGCAGCCCCUGCCGACGACGACGAGCUGUGAGGAAAAGACUUCUCAGACCGCAGAAACCAUUGCCAGCGGAGCGCUGGCACCGGUGAACUACGUGCCUCUCUUGCAGCGUGAGACAGAGCGCACCUAUGAGGAGGAGGUACGGGAGUUGAGCGGGAAGAAGCGCGCGCGCUACGAAGUGAAUGAGGCGAAGAAGGCGGCCGCUGCGGCGGCGCAUAAAGAGGUGGUAAGCGAGGACUAA